AUGCUCGAUUUUUCCGAAAAAGUCGGCUGGAAAAUGCAGAAAAGGGACGACGGUGCCAUUAAUGAGCUCUGCAACGAAAUCGGAGUCGACAGAGGGGUUUUCAAAGUGUGGAUGCACAACAACAAGAACAAUUACGGCAAGAAGGAGAACAACCCACCGGCGGCAGCCCCCGACGCCGCCGCCUCAAACGGCAACGGCGUGAGCCACCACCACCACCACCACGACGUCAAACCGAAUGCUCAUCUCCACCAUCUCCAUGGAAGUACAACUGCUCAAGCUCUUGGUACAAAUGGCUCGUCCUCCUCUUCUUGA